UGUUUGGGUUUGGAAUCAUUCGAAGCCGUGGACGAUGAAAGGAUAAGACAGUUGGAAUCGCCGGAAAUUUGAUCAUCUCGCCGACACCGAAAUCCCACCUUGUAUCUUCGUUUUGUGGCCGGGCAUGGAGGCAACUGUGUAAUAUAUUUUGAUUCGGGAGAACAUCAAAGCCAUUUGUAUUUCUAUUUGUUCUCAAUGGACUUCUUCAAAUCAGUAUUCACCGAGGAGCAGGAUUACUCCGAUACUGAAGAUACCGAGAUUUCUUCUUCAAAUUUGGAUGUUCAAGCGCAGCCGGAAUCUCCACCUGGAGCUCCGGACGGUAAUCCGAACAUCCCAGCCAUUGUGAACGCGUGGGGCUUCGGGUCGGGUCUGUUGAAAACCCUAGCGUCGAAGUCGGAAUCUGUAAUCCAGAACUACCGUCGGGAUCUGGAGGAGUUCAGCUCCGGUCUGCAGAAGGAGACUGCUAUAAUCCGCGAAGCCGCCAGCCGCGCCGUCCAGGACUUGCCAGCUCACAUCGAAUCGGGCGCCACCGCUGCUCAGGAAUCGCUUGAAACCGUCGGCCAAGCCAUCGACGACAUUGGCUCCAGCGUAGCGGAGAUCAUUGUACAGGGUAAGGACUCGAUCCUCGCUCCUGAAGAUUCCGAUAACGAAUUCUCAGAAAACAGCGGUAGAAAUGACCGGAGCGAUGAUGUUUAUAAGCAACAUUUGAACUCGAAUGCGAAACCGUACAGUAGAAUUGAUGCUCUGAUCCGAGCAAUUCAGUGUGAUGCGAAAACGUACUGCGAGGAGCCGGAGGAUUCUGAGGACUACAAUGAAUGGAAAUUGGGGUUUGUGUUCGAGGAAAAGCUUGUGGAGAUUGGAGACUUGGUGGAGGAAAAUAAUGUAAUUGGUGAAAUUUACAGUGAGAUUGUGCCAAGUAAGGUUGACAGAGAGACAUUUUGGAGCAGAUACUUCUAUAAGAUUCAUCGGGUGAAGAAAGCAGAGGAGGCUAGGGUGAGACUGGUGAAGAGGGUGAUUUCUGGGGAAGAAGAUGAGGAAUUGACCUGGGAUGUAGAAGAUGACAACGACAACAACAACAACGGAUCGUGUGAUGUGUUGAGAAAAGAGAUUGCUGAGACUGAAAAUGGAGUGGACAGUUUACACAUUGAAGAAGACAAGCAAAAGAAUUCUGAAACUGCAAAAGACGCCAAUGUGAGUGCUUCUGAGGCCAAAACUCAUGAUGAGAAAGGGGAUUCAGAAGCUGAUGCUGAAUCAAGUGGGGAAAAGUUGAGGUUCAAACCUGAUGACAAAGGAGCUUCAGAAGCAAAGAAUGAUAACAGUGACUUUUCAGUUGUUUCUAGCCGACAAUCCUCGCGUGAGGAAGAGGACCUCGGGUGGGAUGCAAUUGAAGAUAUGGAGAGCAUUUGUGAAAGCAAGGCAACUGGACAAGCAAAUACCAUCAGAGCUGAUCUGCAUAAGCGCAUUAAUGUUGGCAAUGAAGAGGAAGAGCUGACAUGGGAUAUCGAUGACGAUGAUGAUGAUGUGCCUUCUAAACCUUGAUUUCAGGGUCUCCAUGGACUUCAGAUGGUACAUAAUUGCAGGUGCUCCAUUUAUACUUAACUGCAGAAGUUUAUUUUGCCAUGUGUGAUGGUGAUUAUUCUCUUAUUCAUUUCACAAUAAAAUGUGUAUAUAUAUAUAUAUACAGUUUAUUGUUUCUUUAAUUUUUAAAA